AGGAAGGAAAUUAUAGAAACCCAUCAUCUUUAUAAAGAAGAGGAAUUGGAAGAGGUUGGCAGAGAGCUAGUACAUAAGUUGGGGGUCUUUGAGAGAGAGAAUGGGAGUGCCAUCGUUCUAUAGGUGGUUGGUGAGCAAGUAUCCAAAGAUAGUAGUGAAUGCAAGGGAAGAGAAAGGAGGAGAAGAUAGGGUUAUUGAUACAACUCAGCCCAACCCAAAUGGAAUAGAAUUCGAUAAUCUUUAUCUCGACAUGAACGGCAUCAUCCAUCCCUGCUUCCAUCCGGAUAACCAUUUAUUUCCUCCUACAUCAUUUAAUGAGGUCUUUGAAAGCAUUUUUGAAUACAUUGAUCGACUCUUUGGCAUAGUGAGGCCUAGGAAGCUCCUGUAUAUGGCCAUAGACGGAGUAGCACCAAGGGCCAAAAUGAAUCAGCAAAGAUCUCGCCGCUUCCAAACUGCUAAACAAGCUGAACUUGCGGAAGCCGAGGAGGAAAAACUAAGAAGAGAGUUCGAAUUCCAGGGGAAGGUUAUUCUUCCAAAAAUGCAGUCUGAGGUUUCGGAUUCAAAUGUUAUUACACCAGGAACUGAAUUCCUGGAUAAAUUGUCAAAGGCACUUAAAUGCUAUAUUCGUUCGAGGCUGAACAAUGACCCGGGUUGGAAAGACAUCAAGGUUAUACUGUCUGAUGCAAAUGUUCCUGGUGAGGGAGAGCAUAAGAUGAUGUCAUUUAUACGGCUACAGCGGAAUCGUGAUGGAUACAAUCCGAAUACUCGUCACUGCCUGUAUGGCCUGGAUGCGGAUCUGAUAAUGUUGGCUUUAGCCACACAUGAAGUUCAUUUAUCUAUAUUGAGGGAGCAUGUAGCUACCUUGGAGCAGCAACCAAGCUGCACAUUGUCCCUAGAAACAUCCCUUUCAAAGCAGAACGUAUAUUCUGUAAAAUCAAGAGGGUGGUUUGGUAAGGUCCAUCAGGCCAAUGGUGGUGCUUCGUUAGCUAAGAUGCCGUUUCAGUUCUUGAAUAUUUGGACAUUACGAGAAUAUUUGGAACUCGACAUGACAAUUGCUGAACCUCCCAAAGAUUUCUUGAUAGACUUUGAGCGAAUUGUAGAUGAUUUCAUCUUCCUUUGUUUCCUCAUGGGAAAUGAUUUUUUGCCUCACCUGCCUUCGUUGGAAAUUCAUGAGGGCGGGAUAGAUUUGCUAAUGGCUGUUUACAAAAGGGAGUUUAAAAGCAUGGGUGGAUAUCUCAUCAAUACAUGCAGAUUGCGAGAUAAGCAUGCUGCCUAUAUAAAAUUGAAAAGAGUAGAACGGCUAAUCCUUGCUGUUGGUUCUUGUGAAGAUAAAAUUUUCAAGAAAAGAUCAGAGAUACGGAAGCGUAAUCUCGAACGGGUUGUGCGUGAGAUGUUUGAAGCCAUGGGCGAAGAAGAUGUGGAUAAUGGGGAAGUAAAUUCUAAAUACCUACCAAAUGCCCCAUCAUUGGAAUCUAAUGGUCUUUCGACCAUCAGAUGUUCGGAAACUGAUGUUUUGAACAAUACCAAGGAAUUUAAGCAGAAACUAAAAGAAAUGCUUCGACAGAAAUCAGACCUGUUCAAAAAUGGUAACCCAGAUAAGGUCAAUCUUUGUUCUGAAGGUUGGAAAGCUCGAUAUUAUAAGGCAAAAUUUUCGGUAGAAAAGCCUGAUGAAAUUGAAAGCAAACGAAAAGAAAUUGUUCAAAAAUAUGUGGAAGGGCUAUGUUGGGUUCUUCGCUAUUAUUUCGAAGGAGUAUGCUCAUGGAGCUGGUAUUAUGAUAAUCACUAUGGUCCAUUUGCUUCUGAUUUCAAAGGCCUCGGUCGUUCGCGGAUAAAUUUUCAGUUGGGAACUCCAUUUAAACCGUUCACUCAGCUUAUGGCCGUCCUUCCGCCAAGAAGUGCCGAUGCACUUCCAGAAGCAUAUAGGACCCUAAUGACUUGUCCGGAUUCAAAUAUCAUAGAUUUCUACCCCACUGAUUUCGAAGUUGACACAGACGGAAAGCGGUAUAUGUGGCUGGGUGUCACACUACUGAAAUUUAUUGAUGAGAAACGCCUACUUCUGGAGAUUGAGAAACUAGAAAACAAGCUAAAAGAUGAAGAAGUUCGAAGGAAUGCUAUGGGGCUCGAAAUUAUUUUCGUUCGGGCCAGUCAUGAUUUAGGAUCACAAGUUUCUUCUCUUUGUCGUCGAUGUGUGCUUGCAUCAGGCAAUGAGCAGAUCAUAAACAAAGUGAAGAUUGACACAAAGAAAAGCGGUGGCUUGAAUGGUUUUCUUAUCAGAUGCAAUGAGCAAUCAUGCAUGGAUGAUAGCAGCUCUCCUGUGAAGGGGAUGGAAUACACUAUUAAUAAUGAUGUCUUAUGUGCAAUGUUCGAGAACCCACCAUUCGACUAUCAUAUUCCUGAGCCACCUAAAAAUGUUACAAUGCCUGAAAAGACGAUCACUGAAGCUGAUAUAGAAGAAAGACCACUCUGGCAUGAAUGUAAUGGCAGUCAGAGGCAAAAUAGGUGAAUUUUCUUUCUCAGAACGAUGCUUUUGCGAGAAAUAUCGAAAUCGAAAAUUCAGUUGUAUCUGUUUUAACUUAGUGUAUGAAAAUUUGGCAGAAUGCAAAAUCGGCCUGCAAUGGAAACAAGAAAUGUUGGAAAACUCAGUUCAUCUGACCCAUCAUCGGUUCGAGAGAUGUGUAAAGGGGCAGGGUCAGGAUGGGGCGGUGGGAGAGGAAGAGGUUCUUUGAAUAAUUCGAAUUUCAGUCAGAAUUCAGAGACUUUCAGGGGAAUUCAAGCGCAAAAUGGCAGUUAUUGGCAACCGAGAAAUGGUAUGUCGGCCCACAGGAUUGGAAGCCGCCAGUACAAUACUCGGCCGGACAUUGGUAUGAAUGGUCAAGGCCAAGGGAGAGGAAUUAGGUCUUUUGAAAAACCAAGGUUUGGUCAGACUUUGGUUGCAGUUAGCGGAAUUCAGGUUAGAAAUGGCGGUUUCUCUGUAUCAGGAAAUAGCUUGAGGGCCGACAGGGGUGAUUGCUGGAGAUCCAAUUCUCAAGAUCCGUCAGCACCAGGAAAUGGCUCAAGGGCUAACAGGAGUGAUUGCUGGAGACCCAUUUCUCAGGUUUGGGCAGAACAGAGUUCUCGGGCCGAGGAAGAGGCUGUUUUGAGCCAUCUUCCUCAAGCUGAUGAUAGUAGUUAAGACAGUUGUCUUCUUUUGGAUCUUGGAUAAGGUGUUUGGGUUUUGUUUUAGGGUGUUUGGUUGCACCCUGUUUCAUGAAUAUGAAAAUUUGGACCAAAUGAGACUGAUAAAUCAUGAUUUUGGUGCAACCAAACGCACCAAUCAUGGCUGUUUUGGGCAAAUCUUUUUUGAGCUGAAGAUGGUAGUUAAGGUAGUUAUUUUCUUUGUGUGUUUUGGUUUAGGGUGUGUUUGAUUGCACCCUAUUUCAUGAAAUAGGAAAAAUUGUACUAAAUUGGAUUGGUAAAUCAUAAAAUAUCAUGAUAUAUGAUGCAACCAAACGCUGCCUUACUUUUUUUAAUUUUAAUUUUUAAUUUUAAUGCAGUUUUAUUUUUGGGAAUGAAAACUAUCAAAACAGUUAGGUGAUUUUGAUUCCGUAUUUCUAUGUUGUAUCUCAAGCACCCUUAACUAAAACGGGUUGAUCUGGGCUGACGGAUGGAAGGUUGUAAGCUUCAAUUGGACUUGUCACUACAACUUGUUUAAUGAAAGAAAACAUGGCAUUUUGUAUGUCAA